AAUUUUAGUUGAAUGUGGUGAUGAAUGUUGUGAUGAAUGUUGUGUUGAGUGUGGUGCCCAUUGUAGUGCCAAUUUCACAGUAGUCUUUCUGUUGGAGGUGAAACAAAAACGAUAUUUUGAAUAUUAGAAAUGAUAUUUUUGACUCGGAUAUCGAAUCGUUUCACUUCCAAAAAGUCGUGCUGUGAGAGAUUGUUGGCAAGGUCUUUGACUUCACUAGAACUGACAAACUCACAAAUAGAGGAUGAUUUCACAAGGCAUGCGUAUAAAGAAUCUGGGAUUUUGUAUGAGCAUCAUAUUCCAACUAGCCUUUUACAAAAGGGUUUGUUAGCUGUUGGUUCCGGUGUUGCUGCAUUCUUUGAUCCGACAAGGGAUGACAUGAUUGCUGUGUUGGGUGAAAGUACCGGAUACUAUGCUUUGAAAAAAAUUCGAAGGCUAAUGCAACUAGACAAGGAAGGCCAAAAGAUCUUAAGAGAAAGGCCAAGAAUAACUUCAGCUACCAUUAAUGUGCCUGCAUUGCGAGAACUUCCCGAAGGCACAUUUGGAAAAGAAUACACAAACUUUCUAGAUAGAAAUAAAGUUACUCCUGAUAGCCGACUUCCGGUAAGAUUUAUUGAUGAUCCCGAACUGGCAUAUGUCAUGCAAAGAUAUCGAGAGGUUCAUGACUUCAACCAUGCUCUUCUCGGCAUGCCUACCAACAUAGUUGGUGAAAUAACUGUAAAAUGGUUUGAAAUGGUUCAAACUCGCCUUCCUAUGUGCACAUUUGGAUCAUUGCUUGCACCGCUGAGGCUCAAGCGCAGCCAACAAGAGAGAUUGGUGAACACUUAUAUACCAUGGGCUCUGUAUGCAGGGUAUCGUGCAAGGUUUCUCAUGAACUUGUAUGUGGAAAAAUAUUUUGAAGAACCCAUAGAUCUGCUAAGGAAAAGACUUAAUAUUGUCUCCCCUCCAAUUGCAACCAAACGUACAAAGAAGCAGAUGUAAUUUACAAAAUAACAGUAACUUAUAUAUCUGCACAUAAUUCUUUAGCUCUAUAGUUCACGGCUUUUUUAGCUGUCUAGACCACCUGCUAACUCUGAAUACUUUGUAUCUAACAAACAGAAGGUCAUUCCCACAAAAAAUAACUGGAAAGAAACUUUAUAUUAGUGUUCUGUCUGUCUUCCCUGUUGUCCUAAGGGGAUUAAAGUCACAGUAAAAAUUGGAGGAAUCAAAGCUGCUUCAAGUCUUUAAAAUUUUGCAUCACAUUUGGACAUGAAAACCUUCAGCAAUUCUAAUAAAGUCUUGAAGAAUAUCUAAGACUGUUUUACUGAAUGUAAAUGGUUAAGUGUUAUAUACAUAUACAUUACUCAAAA